GAACUUUAAAGCUUUAACAUUAUAUUCAAUGACGUGCCUCGUUGGCGCAUGUCCACCAGACGUGACGUAGAUGCCGCCCAUAAGUAGGGCUGCCGCUAGCCGCUCUGUGUCAGUCGCGCCAAACCAGUGAAGCCUCCUCUCCAAACCUCCCCACCACAACCACCAUAAUGUCCAAGAUUGGAAUUAACGGAUUUGGCCGUAUUGGUCGUCUUGUACUCCGUGCUGCUCUUCAAAAUGGUGCGCAGGUUGUUGCAGUGAAUGACCCCUUCAUUGCUCUGGACUACAUGGUGUACAUGUUCAAGUAUGACUCGACUCAUGGUGUGUUCAAGGGUGAGGUGAAGGCAGAGGAUGGUGCACUGGUUGUUGAUGGCAACAAGAUUGUAGUCUACAAUGAAAUGAAACCAGAAAACAUUCCAUGGAGCAAAGCUGGUGCAGAAUACAUCGUAGAGUCUACCGGUGUCUUUACCACUAUUGAGAAAGCCUCUGCUCACUUCACUGGUGGUGCCAAGAAAGUGGUAAUCUCUGCCCCCUCUGCUGAUGCCCCAAUGUUCGUCUGUGGAGUGAACCUUGAGAAGUAUUCGAAAGACAUGACCGUAGUUUCUAAUGCUUCCUGCACCACCAACUGUCUUGCUCCUGUUGCGAAAGUCCUUCAUGAGAAUUUCGAAAUUGUUGAAGGUUUGAUGACUACUGUACAUGCUGUCACUGCCACCCAGAAAACUGUUGAUGGCCCCUCUGCCAAGGACUGGCGUGGUGGCCGUGGCGCUGCCCAGAACAUCAUCCCAUCUUCCACUGGUGCUGCUAAGGCUGUCGGAAAGGUUAUUCCUGAGCUCAAUGGUAAAUUGACUGGCAUGGCCUUCCGUGUUCCUACUCCAGAUGUGUCUGUUGUAGAUUUGACUGUCCGCCUUGGCAAGGAAUGCUCUUAUGACGAUAUCAAAGCUGCCAUGAAGGCUGCAUCAGAGGGUCCCCUCAAGGGUAUCUUGGGUUACACUGAGGAUGACGUUGUAUCUUGUGACUUCACAGGAGAUAUACGGUCCUCCAUCUUUGACGCUAAGGCUGGUAUCCAGCUGAGCAAGACAUUUGUCAAAGUUGUAUCUUGGUAUGACAACGAGUUUGGGUAUUCUACCCGUGUCAUUGAUCUUCUAAAGCACAUGCAGAAGGUGGAUAGUGCCUAAAAUGUUGGCAUAUCCUGAAGAUAUGGUGAUGUAAAGAACGAUGGGUAAAAGAAGUAUGAAUGUGGAAAGUUACUAUGGUUGGGAGUAGUGGCCAGUCAAUUGUAUGCUUUAUUCCCAUGGUUUGGUUUUAGAUAAUUUGUGUAAAUCGGGUUUCCCGUUUAAAAUAAUUUAAGAUCUGCCUAGAUUGAUUCUGUACUUGUUCGGGAAGAUGAAAGGUAUGGAGUAGACUUGAAAGACCUGCCUCCAGGCUCCUUUAAAUCGGCUUUGCAUUAGCUCUGGUCUCCUUUGAAAAGAAACAUUGUCUUGGUUAAUAAAUAUUAUGUAGGCUGUGACCAACUGGAUAUUGGCAAAUAAAUGUCUUUAUUUCAA